UCUCAUUCAUCUGCUCUGUUCGCUGUGAUCUAUCUCUCUCCUCUGCUUUUCUUUUAUCCAAAAGGGAUAGUUUAAAAGUGCAGAAAGUUUCGAUUUUGUUCUCGAAACUUCUCGAGUUCGUGGAAAUGGGUUCUUCUGUGGAGCAGAACAUUCUUGUUACUGGUGGCGCUGGAUUUAUUGGGACACAUACUGUUGUUCAGCUUCUGAAAGAGGGUUUUAAGGUUUCGAUCAUUGAUAAUCUUGAUAACUCUGUUAUCGAAGCCGUCGAUAGGGUUAGGGAGCUCGUUGGUCCUGAUCUCUCAAAUAAGCUUGAGUUUAAUCUGGGUGAUCUAAGAAACAAAGGGGAUAUUGAGAAACUUUUCUCCAAGCAGAGAUUCGAUGCUGUGAUCCAUUUUGCGGGUCUUAAAGCUGUGGGUGAAAGUGUUGGCAACCCUCGUCGCUACUUUGACAAUAACUUGGUGGGAACAAUCAAUCUAUAUGAGGCCAUGGCAAAAUACCACUGCAAAAUGAUGGUGUUUUCAUCAUCUGCAACUGUUUAUGGACAACCUGAGAAAAUUCCAUGCGUGGAAGACUUUGAAUUGAAAGCAAUGAAUCCUUAUGGCCGUACUAAGCUCUUUCUUGAAGAAAUAGCUAGAGACAUCCACGCAGCGGAACCAGAAUGGAGGAUUGUUCUGCUGAGGUACUUCAAUCCUGUGGGAGCACAUGAGAGUGGCAGAAUUGGUGAGGAUCCAAAGGGAAUCCCUAAUAACCUCAUGCCUUAUAUCCAACAAGUGGCUGUGGGACGUCUUCCUGAGCUCAAUGUCUACGGACAUGACUAUCCUACCGAGGAUGGCAGUGCGGUAAGAGAUUACAUCCAUGUGAUGGACUUGGCAGAUGGCCAUAUCGCUGCGCUGAGGAAGCUAUUUGCUGAUCCGAAGAUUGGCUGUACUGCUUACAAUCUAGGGACUGGACGAGGAACGUCUGUGUUAGAAAUGGUUGCAGCUUUUGAAAAAGCUUCCGGCAAGAAAAUACCUAUCAAGCUCUGUCCAAGAAGGGCGGGAGAUGCAACUGCAGUUUAUGCUUCAACAGAGAGAGCUGAGAAAGAACUUGGCUGGAAGGCAAAAUACGGAGUUGAUGAGAUGUGCAGAGAUCAGUGGAACUGGGCAAACAACAAUCCAUGGGGCUACCAGAAGAAGCUUUGAGUGUAUACUCUCUCCCUGUGUUUUUCGUAUCUACCAUGUCUAAUCGCUCAAUAUAGAAGAAAAGUGUUUAUACACAUCAUAUAGCGCUUGCUUCAUUUUUCCAUGUAUCGAACCAGACUCCUACUUCAUUGAAUAAAUAGCUUUUUACACAUCA